AUACUCCGGCCUGUGUGGCCUUAUAAGAAGAAAGAGGCGGGGAGGAAAGUUGUUUAUGAGUGAGCAGCAGUUCUUCUGAUGACAGGAGCAGCUGCAGCACGUUCAGCUACAGAACCUUUGACACACAGAGCAUGUCUCCGCUGCAGCUCUCCGUCUACUGGCGCCUGUCCCUUAUCUUCAUCUUCACCUCUUUCCUCUUCUUUGUCGACAUUUUUACGGUCGCUAUCGCUGAGGCCACGUGUCACCAUGACAACACUUCGCAGGACACGUUCUACAGGUGGAACAACCAAUCACAUUCUGUGGAAGGUCCUAGGAGCCAAGCUGAUUGGAGGAUGGAGAGCAGGAACCAGGAAUCAGUGUGUGGCUGGAGCGACUGGCUGCCCUACGGUCAGACUCUGUUCAUGGUCGGCCUCCUGCUGGGGUCUCUGUUUGGAGGAGCAGUCUCUGACCGCUACGGGAAGCGGCCACUGCUGCUGGCCAGCGUGUGUGUGCACACGCUCUGUGGCCUCGUGCCGGCUCUUCUUCCUCAGCCACUCGUCUUCCUCGCCGUCCGCUGCCUGACGGGCGUCUGCUGCUGCUGCAUCAACAUCUGCUCCUUCCCCCUGGCGGUGGAGUGGACGCCCCCAGCGUAUCGCCUGUGGCCGCCAGCCUUCCUGCCUUUCUGCUUCAGCCUGGGAACGAUGGCCGGAGCCCCUCUGGCCUGGCUGAGCCCCACCUGGACCCAGCUGCACCUGGCGCUGUCGGUGCCACAGCUGCUUUGUCUGCCACUCUACUUCGCUAUCCCAGAGUCUCCUCGCUGGCUGUUGUUAAGGAGGAGAACUGAUGUUCUGGACCAUUACCGUAGCAGCAGUUCUGAAGACAGACAGUGCCUGGAUCUGCUCUUGGACUCGACUUGCUGUGACCUGCAGAAAGCCAUGGAGGCUCCCAGGGAGAAGCCUCCUGCCGGCCACGCCCUCAGGGACAGUGUGAGGCACCUGAGGCAGCCAGUCAUCCUCCUGAGGCUCUUCAUCAUGAGCUACUUAAGUGCAGUUUCAGCGUUGACUUACUUCGGCAUCUGUAUGAACAUAGGCUCGUUCGGUGUCGGUGUUCACGCUGCCCAGUUCUUCUCCGGCCUGUCGGAGGCCCCCUGUCUGCUCGUCCCACUGAUCAGCCUCCGACGGCGUCCAAUCAGCAUGCUGUCGCUGCUGCUGAGUGGAGCCACGUGCUUCUUCUCGCUCCUGCUGUCCAGUUAUGGCUGUGAGCCGGUGCUGGUCAUGAGUCUGGCCUUGAUGGGGAAGCUCUGCAUUCUGGCGGCCAUCUUCAUCUCCACCCUGUACAGCAUCGAGCUAUUUCCCACCACAGUCAGACAGAGGUGCAUGUCUCUGGUCAACCUGUGCUUCCGCCUUGGCUGCCUGGCCAACUCCCUCGUGCCCACCGACCCCAGCGGAAGCAUCACCUUGGCUGCUAUGGUGGUGUACAGCAGCGGACCAGUGGUGGGCUGCGUCCUGUGCCUGCUGCUGCCUGAAACCAGUGGCAUCACGCUCCCAGAUUCCAUAGAGGACUGCAACCGUCAGCCACGGGCGCCCAGCUUAGGCGUCCUCUGCAGGACACUGAAGCAGAGGAGAGAUGACACAUGCCGCCACAGUCCCACCUCUGAUUAGGAAUGUGUGGUGUUUGUUCUGGUUUUGCUGUUAGAGACCAAACAUGUGAGAGAGCAUGAACAGGGAAGAUCAGACGAGGAGGUGCUGGUAUC